CCAGCUGGGCCAAUGAGCAGCGGCGGGAGGUGAAAUCCGGUUCUAACCGGUCCGGGGCUCCCAGCGCUAUAAAAACUUUAUAAACCCCCCGGAGCCCGAGCAGUGUGAAGAAGAAGCGGCGAGGACGACCCCCGGACCGACCACAGCCCACGCGCCGCCGUGUCCCCGCGCUCAGCGCCCACGUCCCGCCGCCGUCGCCACCAUGCCCAAGAGAAAGGCCGAAGGGGACGCCAAGGGAGAUAAAGCCAAGGUGAAGGACGAGCCACAGAGAAGAUCCGCAAGGUUAUCUGCCAAACCUGCGCCUCCAAAGCCAGAGCCCAAGCCUAAGAAGGCCCCUGCAAAGAAGGGAGAGAAGGUACCCAAAGGGAAAAAGGGGAAAGCUGAUGCUGGCAAGGAUGGGAAUAAUCCUGCAGAAAAUGGAGAUGCCAAAACAGACCAGGCACAGAAAGCUGAAGGUGCUGGAGAUGCCAAGUGAAAUGUGUGCAUUUUUGAUAACUGUGUACUUCUGGUGACUGUACAGUUUGAAAUACUAUUUUUUAUCAAGUUUUAUAAAAAUGCAGAAUUUUGUUUUACUUUUUUUUUUAAAGCUAUGUUGUUAGCACACAGAACACUUCAUUGUUUUUUGGGAGAGGGCAUAUGUCAUUAAUAGUGUCUCCAAAGCUAGAUUUUCACAGGGGAAAACACCUUUCUCUUCUAGUUUAGAGAGAUUUCCUCUGGUUCGAAGAAGGAGGAAUUUCUCUAUGCUGAGACACAUUAACCACCUUGGCCCAAACGCCUUAUGGUGUGGAGAAACUAAAAUUCGUUUUAUGUCCUCUUCUCCCUCUCUGCCUUCAGCAUAGACUUGACUCCCUUUAGCCCAGAGACCUGUUGAGCCUGGACUCAAAAAAGUGGUUACCAGUAUGUCAGGCAAUCUGGACUUCACAGUGUCACCAUUGAGAUGGCAUCCCUCAAAAGAGCUGCGAUAUAUUUUUUUUUCAGAUUGUGGAUUUUCAGAUUGAAUAAUUCUACCAUUUUCAUUUAAUUUUCUGAAAGUCAGGGUCGGCUUGUGAAAAGUUGUUAAACAACAUGCUAAAUGUGAAAUGUCAACCCUCACUCUAAACUUUCCCUGUUCAGAGCAUCGAAUGAAGAUUUCAUCAGGUUUUAUAGUGGCUUUCUGAUUUUGGUAUUCCAUUGAAGAAGGGAGUUUGAAAGUUGUUGUAUACUGUUAACAGUUGUCUGCCCAUGUCCUGCCUGAAAUACCAUGAUUGUUUAUGAAAAGUAUCUUUAAUAAAGCUGGAUACAGUUGG